AUGGCGGGGCAUAGGAAGUGGGCAAAGGGUCGAACUUCCUCGGGGGGCCUUGGAAUCUUUGUUACUUCAGUUUUUAACAAUUUAACAGAUGGAACAGGGGAACCAAAUGCAGAGGGGAUAAAGUAUUAUAACACUCUCAUUGAUGCUUUACUGGAAAAAGGAAUCCAGCCUUAUGUAACUCUGUAUCAUUGGGAUCUUCCACAGGUGCUGGAAGAUAAAUAUGAAGGAUGGUUAAGUCCUCAAAUCAUAAAAGAUUUCGAGCAUUAUGCAUAUACAUGCUUCCGAGCUUUUGGCGACAGAGUUAAGCACUGGAUUACCUUCAAUGAACCUCACAACUUUGCCCUCCAUGGUUACGAUUUAGGGAUUCAGGCACCGGGAAGAUGUUCCAUUCUUGGUCAUCUUGUAUGUAAGAAGGGAAAAUCGUCUACGGAACCUUACAUUGUUGCUCAUAACAUUCUCUUAUCUCAUGCCGCUGUCUACCGAAGUUACCAACUACAUUUCAAGGAACAUCAAGGAGGUAAAAUCGGGAUAGCUCUAGACGCUGUUUGGUAUGAGCCUAUAACUGAACUCGAUGAAGACAAAGAAGCCGCUUCUAGAGCUAUGGAUUUUUCACUUGGAUGGUUUCUUGAUCCUCUUUUCUUUGGAAAGUAUCCACUCUCAAUGCAAGAGCAAGUAGCUGAUAGAUUGCCCGAGAUUACUAAAGCAACCUCAAACUUGCUUGUGGGAUCAUUGGAUUUCAUUGGCAUAAACCACUAUACCUCGCUGUAUACGCGAAACGACAGGAAUCGGUUUCAUAAACUGAUUAUGCAAGAUGCUAUAUCCGAUGCCGCUGUUAUUACUACCGCAUACAGAAGAGGAGCUGCAAUUGGAGAUAAGGCAGCUUCCAGUUGGCUACACAUUGUCCCUUGGGGAAUCAGAAAGUUGAUGAAACAUGUGAAAUGCAAAUAUGGGAACACACCCGUAAUCAUAACCGAAAACGGAAUGGAUGAUCCAACUGGACCCUUUAUGACCUUAGAAAAGGCAUUAAAUGAUGACAAGAGGAUAAGAUAUCAUAGGGACUAUCUCUCAAACCUAUCUGCUGCUAUAAGGGAAGAUGAUUGCAAUGUGAAGGGGUACUUUGCAUGGUCAUUGCUUGACAAUUGGGAAUGGAACUUGGGAUAUACAGUGCGCUUUGGACUCUACUAUGUAGAUUUCAAAAACAACCUUACUAGGAUACCAAAAUCUUCUGUGCAAUGGUUCAAAAAUGUGCUCAGAUUUGAAACUGAAAAAAUUAGUGAUAUUUGAAUUGUUGUCAUACAUAUCAAAUAGCAAGUGUAUAUACACACAUUCUUUUUUAAGAAAUGUUAAAAUUUUAAAAUAUUAAAAUAUUUUGCGAAAUAUGUUUA